GCGACUCUCUUCCCCAAACUAGAACUUCCACUUCUCUGCUGCUUGACUCUAAUACAAUUAGUCAAACUCCUCCCUCGACAAUGUCAGAAUGUCAGAACAUUGUGAUCGUUGGCGCUUCCGGAGCAGGAUCACAGCUUGCCACAUCACUACUACCCCAACUUCCUCGCACGCAUCGUAUUCUCUUGAUCGACGCCAGCUCUUUCGCUUCUUGGCCUCUUGCAUCCCUCCGUGCGGCAGUCACUCCAGGAUGGGAGAAACGCGUGGCUGUACCUCUAUCAACCGAAUCCAUCUUUCCAAGUGGCUCUCAGCAUCAAGUCAUCUCGGGCUGCAAGGUCGUCGAGCUCAGAAAGAACUCCAUCGUCUUAGAAAGAGCAUUUGAAGGCUCCUCCGAGGUCCCAUUCUUGAAAUGCGUUUUGGCAACCGGAGCGUCUCAAGGGUUCCCCAUGCGACCAGAACCUGGCAUGUCAAUGGAAGCCUACACUCAGAAACUGCAACAGCUCCAAUCAGAGGCGCAGAGAGCGACCAAAGCGGUGAUCAUUGGAGGAGGAGCGGUAGGAUUGGAAAUGGCCGGGGAGCUCAAGGAUGCCGGUGUAAAGUCCAUCACUAUCGUCCACAAUGCCUCCCAUGUGCUCAAUCCAUCUUCGGCUCCCGCUUCAACCACCAACGACCACUUUUCCUACAACAAUCCUCCGACCGCGCUCAAAUUGUCCGUCUCAUUGGAGAAACAACUCAAGGCGUUGGGAAUCGAUGUCAUCCUGGAUGACCGAGUCGUGAUACCAUCACCUUCAGAUGCGGGACCAGGCGAAUGGGAUGGCUCCACUGGUCUGCAGAAUGGGCUGAAAAAGCUCAAGACAAAGAAUGGCAAAGUUCUCGAAGCGGAUUACGUUUUUCAAAGUAUCGGAAACAAGCCAAACGUCGGACUGGUCCAAAGCGUCGAUCCCGGAGCUAUUGUUUCUGGGCUCGUCGCAGUCAACGAGUAUCUUCAGGUCAUUUCAAAGACAUCUCAAUCUCCACUCACCGAUAACUACUUUGCGAUCGGAGACUGUUGUUCGACACCAGGGUGGAAGACGCUUCAAGGCGCACAGAGUGAUGCCGAUGCUUGUGCCGUCAACGUCAUAAACGCCAUCAAGGGUAAAUCGCUCAAAGCAUACUCUCGAGGCGGCCCAGCAGCCAUGUUCAUUCCCCUCGGCAAAUCCGCGGGUGCUGGAACGCUCGACUUGCCGAUCUUUGGGACUUGGCUCGUACCUCAGUUCAUGGUCAAGAGUCUCAAGGCUCAGAAAUUGAUGGUCGAAGAAAUGUUCAUGCCUCGAUUCAAGCUCGGUUCACAGAAACCGACUGUACCUGCUCCUCCUGCCUGAGUCCAAACCUGUAUCCGAAUACGAUCCCAUUCCGAAUGCCCUUAUAGACUACAGUAUCGAUACUUAAUGCAGCGAUGAUCCUGGAGACGGGGUCAGAUCAUCCACUCUAUGUGUAACUCGACUAAUCUGAAAGUGUAUAAACCUCCGCUGAAAUGCAUAC